AUUAAAUUAUUGACAAACAGUAGACACUAGUCGCUACUCUAGUUAGCACUUAGCGUACGACGGUCGACAAGGUUUCCGUGUACUUUCUGAAAGUAUUUUAAUUAUUGUUAUUGUUUUAAAAUUCAUACUCGGAUACACAAUUUGUUUAGUUCUGGUCCGACAAUUUUAGUGUAUGUAUACUGUUCGUAAUGAACGAAAAGGUGUCUCUAAUUUUCGUGCUCAUUGCAGUUGUACAGUGGAGCUCUGCCGAGGUUUUAGGUAACAACUACAAGUUGCUGUUGAACAACAACAGUCCGGUGACUACUGGUUCUACGGUAACUGUGAACGCUACAGUUGUCGAUCAGAAAGGUGCGUGCGCUAGUGGAAAACUGACUUUCCGCUAUGAAGACGAUGCGUUCCCUGAACACAAAUAUUCAAUGCAAAUUAAAUCAUGUGAGGCUAUAUUUCAUGUGCCAUUCGACAAUAAAAACGGGCCGUCAACGUAUAGAUAUCAAAUAGAUGUUCUACAAGAACUUAUGCCUUUCAUAAACUAUCCUAUCGCUAAUGGCCGCGGAGACUUGAUUGUAACUGAAAAUUUGAAUGGCCAACUCGAAUUGUUCCAAAACAAUACCCAAAUUAUCAAGAGCUCUACUCAAACUACUACUUAUAUAUCUUCAGCUUUCGAGACUUUACAAAAGAUUGAACUUAAUAAAGCUGAUUUUGAUUACCUAAAUAAAAGCGCUAACUCUACAGUAGUUCAUUGGUUUGUCGAUUGUGUGUACCAAGGAAACUCUACAGAUUACUCUUUUGCCACCAACUACACAGUGUCGGGAAUUCAGCAUGAUAUUCUUGGUAUUGUUGUGGCAACUAUUGGAAAUAAAACCACUCCAACUGAACCACCACCAGUAACGACGACUACAACAACUCCUCCAAAUACUAACAUUACAACUACAACACCACUUCCAUCCCUCAAAUCUCAUAUUAAUAUAUCUCAAAAUAUUGUAAAUAAUUCCACUUACAAUUCUGAAUGCAUCGAAAAAAAACCAUUUGAUUUACUAAUGUCUGUUGCUAAAGUUGAUGAAGAUCAAAAAUUUGGAUACUUCAGUGGCUCAAUUCUUGUUAAAGACCCGAUAGAAAAUUUUAGAUCUCAAGGUAAAGUUUGGAUUGAAGAAGGUGAUAUGUUUGAUCUACAGGUGAAUUGCAAUGGGUCGGGUCCUUUCCGGUAUUGUGCUCAUUACGUACAAGGAAUGUACAACGUGACCGGUAAUGAAUCUUGUUUGUUUGAAAGAAAUUUAUUGCAAUGCCAAAUGAAUUUCUUCCAUUUGUUCCGUGAACCUACUAAUUAUACAUUAGUUAUAAUUUUGGCCAAUGAUGUAUCAAAAGUUGUCACACCCAUUGGAAUCAAUAUUUACAAAGUAAAAAAACAACCGCAAAUAUCUGUCAUCGUUGUUCCUGUAACAUUCAGUUCAAUAGCUGUCAUUAUUAUUGUGUUUGGAAUCGCAUAUUAUUUCCAAAAUCGAUCGAGAUAUAUGGUAGAAGUUGCCGAUUUUGACUUUGCUAAUAACUCGGACAUGGAAUGUAAAACAUUCAGGGAGCGUUUACGAGAUGCCAUUAGUCAAGCUAUUAAUCGGACACAAGAUUAUUCUGAGUAUGAUGGUAGCGAAGAGCAAAUCGGCGGUUUAGCUACACCUCAGAAUCAAAAAUAUGGUAGUAUGCAAUGACCAAACAUGACAGUCGGCCCAAAUAAAUGUGACGUUUAACUAAAACUGUUGGGCUGAUUAAGAAGUAAACGAUAAGAGUAUGAUUCAAAAGGAGUUCCUUUAUAUAUUCCAGCUUAGUAACUAUUGAAUAUUUGUAGCCAUUCCAAAAAAGGUGAUUUUGUUGAAAUUUAGUCAUAACAUUUGUUUUUGCUAAAUUCAAAAAUCUCUGAUAGACAUCACAAGUUAAUUUCGAUAUAUUAAACAAAUAAACUGUCUUAAAUCGGCCAUCUUAUUUUUAUCCUUACCUUUAGUCAUUACUGUUACAAAUAUGUGUAAGUGUUAAGCUUUAUUUAUGUACAGAAACAUAGUAUGUUUAUGACAGUUUAAUUUAUUUUAUUUAUGCUGUUAAAUCAUUGGUAAGAUGAAUUAGACUUUGUAUACUUGAGAAAUUUUAUAGCUCAAUAUUAGCUUCAAUAUUUUGUUUUUACUUUUAUAUUUUUUAUUUUAAUUUAAUUUUAUGAUAUUGCUAAUUUGUUUUUAACUGGCUUAACUAUAGCUAGUAUUACACAUUUCAUAUAAUUUUUUAAAAACAAAUUGACCAUAGCAUACUGUAUUCUUUUCAGCUUUAUUAUUAAUUAUUAAAUAUAAUAUAUUUUUUUUAUACUAUACAACUUAAUAUAUUUUCUAUGUUACUUUUGAAGUGCUUUGCAUAAAACUACUAUUGUGCAAUACUUUAAUAUCCUUUUUUACUCAAAUGCAGUAUCAAAAUCUAAUAUUAACAUUUAAUUUAAAUUAUUUUCACUUUACUGUUUUUUUUUUCAUAAUUCCCAAAAAUUCUAAAAAAACAUAAAUCAUCAAGCACAAAACUUAUUACAAUAAUUUAUAUGAUUUUUAUAAUAAAUGAUCGUUUUCUUUAACAACUAUUAAAUUAUGUGCCAACGCAAUUAGUAAGGACAAUAUGCCACAUUGGCAAAGACAAUACUACAAAUUGUUAUACUUCUUUAUUCCUAAUUUUUUUAACAAUUUUACUAUAUUAUAUAGUUGUUUUUAAUUAUGUUGUGAUUCAUAAUGCAGAGUGUUGAAUGUUGAUGUAUUGUUUUUACACGGAAUGUGUAUGGAUAACUAUUAGGUUUGUUAUGAAAGAAACCUAUUUACGUUAAGCAUUCAAAAAGCUCAAACAUUUUUAUUUUCCCAUAUAUUUAUAAAUUUGUUUUAAUUGGAAGGAUUUCUUAUUUACCAAAUUUUAACAUUCAGUAUUUAUGAGCAUAUCUAACAACAAUAUUUUUACAAAAUCUUUUUGUGACAUGUGACUUUGCAUUUCCAAAGUAUAGUUUUAAAAAUAGUUUAGAAGAAUUCGAGUGCUGUAUUAUAUUUUGCAAACAAUGUUUUAGAAAGCUCCGAAAUGGAAUACCUCAUUUAUAAUACUGAUCAAUAUAUUGUUGAUGUAAUACUUCAGUGGUGAUUUUCACCCGAUAAAAUAUAUAACUGCAAUAACCUUUACUUUAUUUAUUAAUAACAAUAGUGAACUACAUUUAUAUAUAUUAUUAUUAUAUUGAUAUUAUUAUUGUUUAACCUUGUAAAUAGAUAAUAUUUGUACAGUGAAAUAUUUAAUUAUGUCCAAUUUAUACACUUAAUUAUUAGUAUUAAAAAAUUAUAAUCGCAAGAUUUAGUGA